GGAGAACGUCGCGAGUAGAUGGAUCCUCGCCACGGCGACAGACGGUCAUGCAGUUAGGCUGUUUCGACGUAGAAUCAUCAAGAUCUUGUCCAAGUGAAGAAAAUGCGAGUGGCAGUGGUGGGCGCCGGCGUUAUCGGCACGACGACCGCGUUCGCGGUGAAAACCGCUUUUCCGCGGCUCCAGGUGCACGUGUUGGCGGACCAAUUUUCACCGGACACCACUGGUGAUGGAAGUGCGGGCCUCUGGGGGCCUUAUCUCCUAGGGGACACUCCCAGCGAUAAAAUACUAGCCUGGGCUGGAGCCACGCACAGAUGGCUGGAAAACUUUUGGAAAAGCGGUCAAGCCUCGGAAACUGGAGUUUCCUUGGUUCCAGUUUGUCGCGUUACCAGCGACCCUAAAGGGUACAUCGAUUCCAGCUGGACCAAGUUGGUGUACGGUGCUCAUAAACUGACGGCGAAAGAACUUGAAAAACUGAACGAAGAGCACAAGUCGAACUACAAGGAAGGCUGGACGUUCGUGACGUUCACGAGCGAACCCGUCCGCUUGCUACCGUGGUUAAAAGAAAAAUUUCUAGGAUUGGGGGGAGAAGUUCGAAGAAGAAAGGUCCAUGCUCUGCACGAAUUGAUCGACGACGGCUACGAUUUGAUAAUAAAUUGCAGCGGCCUCGGCGCGCGUGAACUCGCCAACGAUAACACCCUUGUCCCUAUCAGGGGUCAAGUUGCCAGGGUGACAGCGUCGUGGGCGAUGCACGGACACCUGGUUGACGACGAGGAUUCGUAUUACAUAAUUCCAAACAUCGAUACUACGAUACUGGGUGGCACUCAUCAAGAGAACGAUUUCGAUUGCACUCCGCGAGAGGAGGACUCCAGGUCGAUUUACGACGGGUGCUGUCGAAUUAUGCCCGCACUCGAGGCGGUCACACCAUCGGAAGAGUGGGUGGGUCUUCGACCAGGACGACCCAGCGUUCGUCUCGAAGCCGAAGUACUUCGGUCUCCUCGGGGCAAAAAUUUCACGGUAAUACACAAUUAUGGACACGGCGGGAGCGGCGUGACGUUGAGCUGGGGUUGCGCGUUGGAUGUCGUGGCGAUCCUGCGGCAAACGUGGAGACCGAAUUCGAAUUUGUGAAAUCUCGGUUGUAAAUAUCCCGAUGUUCGAUAAACGAAUAAAAUUAACGUACACCAA